AUGGACAAGGUUGCCAGUGAACCAAGGUGCUCCCUGAUGGGGUUUGAUUUAAACCGGCACUGGGCAAAUCCAUCUCCUUGGGCUCAUCCCACACUGUAUGGAGUGAAACAGCUCAUCAUUGAGAUGUACAACAAUCCGAAGAUUAACCUGGAGUUCUAUAUUGACAUCCAUGCCCACUCCACCAUGAUGAAUGGCUUCAUGUAUGGGAACAUCUUUGAAGACGAGGAAAGAUUUCAGCGACAGGCUGUUUUUCCCAAACUACUCUGUCAGAAUGCCGAAGACUUCUCUUAUUCCAGUACAUCGUUCAACAGAGAUGCUGUGAAAGCAGGGACAGGCCGGCGUUUUCUUGGUGGGCUUUUAAAUGAUACAUCCUACUGCUACACUCUGGAAGUCUCAUUCUACAGCUACAUAUUGGGUGGACCUAAUUCUGCUGUCCCCUACACAGAAGAAGCAUGUAUCCUUUUGAAAUCCUUCCUCCUCUUGCAGCACACGUGA